CAAGGAUGGAUUCCAUCGAGUGAAAUUGUUACACUGCGAAUUAACUGGUGCAGAUUUGUUAGAGCUAAUUCCUAAGAAGUGCACUACGUUCAAGGAAAUCAAUGCAUUUGAAUGCAAUUCUGGUUGCGAUAGUGGCAGUGACUGCUGUCAGAUCGGACCACCCAAUGCCUGCUGCAAAUGAUAAGGCCUACCAUGUCGGAGGCUCCAAGCUUCCAGUUGGGGUUGAUGUGUCGCAAUUAGGACCAACAUUAACAAAGAAGGGCAGCCGCCAAAAUAGACCAGUGGGCGGAAAUAACACAGUUAGUGGCGUCAUUUAUGUCAUCGAAAAUGGGCCGACCACGAAGGGGCCCAACCCAUCUGUUAAAGAUCCGGCACAAAACUACCAGCAAAACAAACAGUAUAUAACGUCAUUCUUAACACAGGUCGCACAAUCAAAGCCACAACAGAACCUGAAUACAUUGGCAGCGUUAAAUACUAUCAAGAGCUCGAGCUCCUACUCACAAGCAAAGUACGAAUCUUCUAACAGCGACACCAACAAUCAGUAUAUGUCUGGAGGAAACGUCGCACAAACAGGACAGUACAACUUCAAAAAUGACAAAGUGUUUACGCAAGAUAGCUCCAAAUAUGGGACGAAAAAACCAAACGACAGCAAAAAAGAUGAAAAGAAAACAUCCGGGCCUGUGGAUCCAACUAAGCCCGAUCUAAAAACACACGAUAGUACUAAAGAUGGGCCGAACCGAUCAGGACUAGGGGUUCAAACAGCAACAAUAACUAUACCAUACGAGAACAAAAACAAUAUACCAAAACCACCAGCAGAACCAUUAACACCAAUAACGAAGACAACUGAUUACACAAAUGACAACGGACUAAAGCAAUAUGGACCAGUUGAUCCAACAACACAAAAAACGAAAACAUACGAUAACAACAACAAUGCGCUAAAGCGAGAUGUGAAAGUUGAUAUAAAAAUAACAUCAGUGACGGGAACAUACGAUAGCAAAAACAAUGGUCCAAAGCCAUAUGGACCAGUAGAUGCAUCAGGGUCUUUAUCUAAACCACCAACUGAUAAAAACAUCAACGGACCGACGUCAUAUGGACCAGUAGAUCCAACAGGGCCAAUACCAAAAUACGACAACAACAACAAUGGUGGAGUAGAUGACAUUAAGAAUUAUCAAAAAUCGUAUGGAUACAAUAAACAAAGCAGCAACACUUUUGAGAAGACCAAUUCACUGGUAGAUCCAAUUCAGACAUAUACAAAAGUAAAUGGUUAUAAGGAUCAAAUAAAUAAUAAUAGACAGAAUCUAUAUAAAUACUUAUAUCAAACGUUCAUCAAAGCAUACGGUACCGACAACAAAAACACCAACAGUGUUAACUCAUACGAUCAAGUAAGUACUGAUAAUCGAGGAUAUGAGAAAACAGUAUACGGCGAAAACCAAAAUAAAGACAGCCAGAAGUCAUAUGGACAAGUAGAUCCCUUUAAGCCCGACCAUACUAAGAACGAUAACAACAAUAGUGGAAAAAAGCCCAAUGGACCAGUAGAUCCAAGAAAACCCGAUACGACAACGGACCUAAAUAAAAACUAUGGACAGAGUUCAUACGGAAAUGUAGAUAAUAUAAAGUCAAUCAUCACAACGUCCGAUAUUAAUAGUUUUGGACAGACGCAAUAUGGGCCAGUGGAUCCGGUAAAGCCUUACGCCAAAACAUACGAUAACAACAACAACGGACAAAAGCAAUAUGGACCAGUACAUCCUCAAAACACCGACCCAACAAACUACGAUAACAACAACAAUGGGCAAAGGCCACAUGGACGAGAAGAUUCUUCAAAGCUCGACCAAAAAACGAACGAUAGCAAUAACAAAGGACAGAAGCCAUAUGGACCAGUAGAUCCUCUGAAACCCGACACAAACAAGUACGAUAAAAACAAUAAUAGACAGAGUUCAUAUGGAACAGUAGAUCAAAUAAAGUCCGUCCUAACAACGUACGAUAACAACAACAAUGGGAAGAAGGCAUAUGGACCAGUAGAUACAAUAAAGCCCGACACUAAAACGUACGAUAACAACAAUAAUGGACAGAGUUCAUAUAGAACAGUUGAUCAAAUAAAGUCCGUCCUAAAAACGUACGAUAACAACAACAAUGGGAAGAAGGCAUAUGGACCAGUAGAUCCUUUAAAGCCCGACCAAAAAACGUACGAUAACAACAUUGGGCAGAAGCCGUAUGGACCAGUAGAUCCUGUAAAGCCAGACCAAAAAACGUACGAUAACAACAAUAACGGACAGAGUUCAUAUGGAACAGUAGAUCAAAUCAAGUCCGUCCUAAUAACGUACGAUAACAAAAACAAUGCACAGAAGCCGUAUGGACCUGUAGAUCCUGUAAAACCCGACCCAACAAAAUACGAUAACAACAAUGGCCAAAGUUCAUAUGGAACUCUAGAUCUUAUAAAGUCAGCAUUAUCAACGUACACUAUGGACAGUUACGGACAAAAGCCAUAUGGGCCUGUCAAUCCUGUAAACACCGACUCUAAAACGUACGAUAACAACAACAAUGGACAAAAAUCAUAUGGGACAGUGGAUCACAUGAAGCCAAAUCCAACUAAAGACGAUAACAACGGACAGAAGCCAUAUGGCCCGGUUGAUCCUGUUAAGCCCGACUCACAAACGUACGAUAACAACAACAAUGGACAGAGUUCAUAUGGAACAGUAGAUCAUUUAACAUCGGUUCUCACUACGUACAAUAGGAACAGUUAUGGAAAGACGCAAUAUGGACCAAUGGAUCCUGUCAAGCCUGUUACAAAAACGUACGAUAACAACAACAAUGGACUAAAGCCAUAUGGACCAGUAGAUCCUAUUAAGCCCAACCCUACAAACUACGAUGACAACAACGGAGGCAAGAAGCCAUAUGGACCAGUUUAUCCAAGUAAACCCGAUCAAACAACGUACGAUAACAGCAAGAAGUCAUAUGAAACAGUUGAUCAAACAAAAUCCGUCCUGUCAACGUAUGAUAUGAACAGUUAUGAACAGAAGCCAUAUGGACCAGUAGAGCCUCACAAGCCCGAUACAACAACGUACGAUAACAACAACAACGGAAAGAAUUCAUAUAAACCAGUAGAACCUGUAAAGCUUGACCCAAAAACGUAUGAUAACAACAACAAUGGACAGAAGCCAUAUGGACCAGUAGAUCCUAUUAAGCCCGACACUAAAACGUACGAUUACAACAAUAAUGGAAUAAAAUCCUAUGAAACAGUAGAUUUGAUAAAGUCCGCACUUACAACGUACGAUAACAACAACAAUGGACAGAAACCAUAUGGGCCGGUAGAUCCAGUAAAGCCCGAUUCUACAACGUACGAUAACAAGAACAAUGGACAGAAGCCAUAUGGACCAGUAGAUCCUGUAAAGCCCGACACUAAAACGUACGAAAACAACAAAAAUGGAAGAAAAUCCUAUGAAACAGUAGAUUAUAAAAAGUCCGUCCUAACAACGUACGACAACAACAACAACGGACAGAAGCCAUAUGGACCAGUAGAUCCAACUAAACCUGAUCCAGCGACGUACGAUAACAACAACAAUGGGCAGAAGCCAUAUGGGCCGGUUGAUCCAGUAAAGCCCGAUUCUACAACUUACGAUAACAAUAACAAUGGACAGAAGCCAUAUGGGCCAGUAGAUCCUGUAAAGCCCGACACUAAAACGUACGAUAACAACAACAAUGACAGAAAAUCCUAUGAAACAGUAGAUUAUAUAAAGUCCGCCCCAAAAACGUACGAUAACAAUAACAAUGGGCAGAAGCCAUAUGGACCAGUAGAUCCAAGUAAACCUAAUCCAACUACGUACGAUAACAACAAGAUUGGACAGAAGCCAUACGGACCAGUAGAUCCAAUAAAGCCCGACACUAAAACGUACGAUAACAACAACAAUGGAAGAAAAUCCUAUGAAACAGUAGAUGAUAAAAAGUCCGUCCUAACAACGUACGAUAACAACAACAAUGGACAGAAGCCAAAUGGGCCGGUCGAUCCUGUAAAGCCUGAUUCUACAACUUACGAUAACAACAAAAAUGGACAGAAGCUAUAUGGGCCAGUAGAUCCUGUAAAGCCUGACACUAAAACGUACGAUAACAACAACAACGGAAAAAAAUCUUAUGAAACUGUUGAUUAUAAAAAGUCCGUCCUAACAACGUACGACAACAACAACAAUGGAGAGAAGCCAUAUGGACCAGUAGAUCCAAGUAAACCUGAUCCAACAACGUACGAUAACAAUAACAAUGGGCAGAAGCCAUAUGGGCCGGUUGAUUCUGUAAAGCCCGAUUCUACAACUUACGAUAACAACAACCAUGGUCAAAAGCCAUAUGGGCCAGUAGAUCCUGUAAAGCCCGACACUAAAACGUACGAUAACAACAACAAUGAUAUAAAAUCCUAUCAAACUGUAGAUUAUAUAAAGUCCGCCCUAAACACGUACGAUUACAACAACAAUGGGCAGAAGCCAUAUGGGCCAGUAGAUCCAAGUAAACCCAAUCCAACAACGUAUGAUAACAACAAGAUUGGACAGAAGACAUACGGACCAGUAGAUCCAAUAAAGCCCGACACUAAAAUGUACGAUAACAACAACAAUGGAAGAAAAUCCUAUGAAACAGUAGAUAAUAAAAAGUACGUCCUAACAACGUACGAUAACAUCAACAAUGGACAGAAGCCAUAUGGGCCGGUAGAUCCAGUAAAGCCCGAUUCUACAACUUACGAUAACAAAAAUGGACAGAAGCCAUAUGGGCCGGUAGAUCCUGUAAAGCCCGAUUCUAAAACUUACGAUAACAACAAAAAUGGACAGCAGCCAUAUGGACCAGUAGAUCCUGUAAAGCUCGACACUAAAACGUACGAUAACAACAACAGCGGAAGAAAAUCUUAUGAAACAGUAGAUUAUAAAAAGUCCGUCCUAACAACGUACAACAACAAUGGAGAGAAGCCAUAUGGCCCGGUAGAUCCAAGUAAACCUGAUCCAACAACGUACGAUAACAACAACAAUUGGCAGAAGCCAUAUGUGCCGGUUGAUCCAGUAAAGCCCGAUUCUACAACUUACGUUAACAACAACUAUGGACAGAAGCCACAUGGGCCAGUAGAUCCUGUAAAGCCCGACACUAAAACGUACGAUAACAACAACAAUGACAGAACAUCCUAUGAAACUGUAGAUUAUAUAAAGUCCGCCAUAAAAACGUACGAUAACAACAACAAUGGGCAGAAGCCAUAUGGACCAGUAGAUCCAAGUAAACCCAAUCCAACAAUUAACGAUAACAACAAGAUUGGACAGAAGCCAUACGGACCAGUAGAUCCAAUAAAGCCCGACACUAAAACGUACGAUAACAACAACAAUGGAAGAAAAUCCUAUGAAACAGUAGAUGAUAAAAAGUCCGUCCUAACAACGUUCGAUAACAUCAACAAUGGACAGAAGCCAUAUGGGCCGGUAGAUGCAGUAAAGCCCGAUUCUACAACUUACGAUAACAAAAAUGGACUGAAGCCAUAUGGGCCGGUAGAUCCUGUAAAGCCCGAUUCUAAAACUUACGAUAACAACAAAAAUGGACAGCAGCCAUAUGGACCAGUAGAUCCUGUAAAGCCCGACACUAAAACGUACGAUAACAACAACAGCGGAAGAAAAUCUUAUGAAACAGUAGGUUAUAAAAAGUCCGUCCUAACAACGUACAGCAACAACAACAAUGGAGAGAAGCCAUAUGGCCCAGUAGAUCCAAGUAAACCUGAUCCAACAACGAACGAUAACAACAACAAUGGGCAGAAGCCAUAUGGGCCGGUUGAUCCAGUAAAGCCCGAUUCUACAAUUUACGAUAACAACAACUAUGGACAGAAGCCAUAUGGGACAGUAGAUCCUGUAAAGCCCGACACUAAAAUGUACGAUAUCAACAACAAUGAAAGAAAAUCCUAUGAAACAGUAAAUUACAUAAAGGCCGACCUAAAAACGUACGAUAACAACAACAAUGGGCAGAAGCCAUAUGGACCAGUAGAUCCAAGAAAACCCAAUCCAACUUCUUACGAUAACAACAAGAUCGGACAGAAGACAUACGAAUCAGUAGAUCCAAUUAAGCCCGACACUAAAACGUACGAUAACAAUAACAAUGGACGAAAAUCCUAUGAAACAGUAGAUUUGAUAAAGUCCGUUUUAACAACGUACGAUAGCAACAACAAUGGACAGAAGCCAUAUGGGCCUGUAUAUCCAGUAAAGUCCGAUUCUACAACUUACGAUAACAAAAAUGGACAGAAGCCAUACUGGCCAGUAGAUCCUGUAAAGCCCGACACUAAAACGUACGAUGACAACAACAACGGAAGAAAAUCCUAUGAAACAGUAGAUUAUGUAAAGUCCGUCCUAACAACGUAUGACAACAACAACCAUGGACAGAAGCCAACUGGACCAGUAGAUUCAAGUAAACCGGAUCCAAUAACGUACGAUAACAACAACAAUGGGCCGAAGCCAUAUAGGCCGGUUGAUCCAGUAAAGCCCGAGUCUACAACUUAUGAUAACAACAACUAUGGACAGAAGCAAUAUGGGCCAGUAGAUCCAAGUAAACCCCAUCCAACUACGUACGAUAACAACAGGAUUGGACAGAAGCCAUACGGACCAGUAGAUCCAAUAAUGCCCGACACUAAAACGUACGAUAUCAACAAUGGACAAAAGCCAUAUGGGCCGUUUGAUCCAGUAAAGCCCGAUGUUACAACUUACGAUAACAACAACUAUGGACAGAAGCCAUAUGGGCCAGUAGAUCCUGUAAAGCCCGACAUUAAAACGUACGAUAACAACAACAAUAAAAGAAAAUCCUUUGAAACAGUAGAUUAUAUAAAGUCCGCCCAAACAACGUACGAUAGCAACAACAAUGGGCAGAAGCCAUAUGGACCAGUUGAUCCAAGUAAACCCCAUCCAACUACGUACGAUAACAACAAGAUUGGACAGAAGCCAUAUGGACCAGUAGAUCCUGUUAAGCCAGACUCUAAAGCGUACGAUAACAACAACGUUGGCAUGAAGCCAUAUGGACCAGUAGAUACAGAUAAAGCAGGUCAAACAACGUACGAUAACAACAAGAAGUCGUAUGAAACAGUUGAUCGAAUAAAAUCCGACCUGUCAACGUAUGAUAUGAAUAGUUAUGUACAAAUGCCAUAUGGAACAGUAAAGCCUGGCAAGCCUGAUCCAACAACGUACGAUAACAACAACAAUGGACAAAAGCCAUAUGGACCAGUUGAUCCUGUAAAACCCGACACUAAAACGUACGAUAACAACAAUGGACAGAAGCCCUAUGGACCAGUAGAUCCUGUACAGCCCGACACUAAAACGUACGAUAACAACAACAAUGGACAGAAGACAUAUCAACAAUUAGAUCCUGUAAAGCCCGACACUAAAACGUACGAUAACAACAACAAUGGACAUAAUCCAUAUGGACCAAUAUAUCAUGUAAAGCCCGACAUUAAUACGUACGAUAACAACAAAAGUGGACAGAAGCCAUAUGGACCAGUAGAUCCUGUAAAACCCGACAUUAAAACGUACGAUAACAACAACAAUGGAAGAAAAUCCUAUGAAAAAGUAGAUUAUAUAAAGUCCGUCCUAACAACGAACGAUAACAACAACAAUGGACAGAGGCCAUAUGGACUAGUAGAUCCAAGUAAACCCGAUCAUGCAACGUAUGAUAACAAUAACGGUGGCAAGAAUCCAUAUGAACCAGUUGAUACAAGUAAACCCGACCUAACAACGUACGAUAACAACAACAAUGGACAGAAGCCAUAUGCACAAGCAGAACAAGCAUUAAGGCGAGAAAUAGAUCCGCCAUUUGGGUCAGAGCAUAUCACGUCUUCUUCAUAUGGUCAAACGGAACAUAAACCUAUUGUAUCAAAUACUCUCGGACACGGUGACCCUAUUGCUCGCCUAAAGAGUGGAUCUAGACACUCAAAAACUGAACCGUCAUAUGUCGGUGGAAAACAAACAGGGCAUCAAACUCUCGGUGCAUAUGACAAUUUUAAGCCACAUGUACCUUACCAUGACCUAACAUCCACAAACAAGCUUGGCGACACUAAAGAGUCUGUUCCGGCCCAAACAUACGUAAGCCAAUCUAAGACAGGGGAUCGUGCAUACGCCACUCAAACAAAAAGCGGUUCGAGACAUGUCAAUACAGAUGAUCAUUAUCAGAUUAAUAAUUUCAUUAACAAUUAUGGAACAAAUCAGUACGAACCUCGAGAGAAACACCUGCCUACUCAUAUCGUUCACAAUGUUCUUGAAACAAAACCUAGACCGGUCCCCAAAACAUCAAAAGCCUUUACCAAAGCCGACGGUCAGUUCCAUAUAAACAGACAAAAAGGACUAGAGACAGGCAGCACGGCCCAAAGCUCAACUAAAAUACAACUCCCCCCUGUAUACAACAAACCACUGGUACCAGCGUCUCCUUCCGGUGCUAAUCGAAAGGUCCAUGUACCUUUGGUUUCAACAAGACAGCUAUGCGAGGCGAAAUGCCUUGAGUUACCUUCUCAUCCUGUGUGCUCAGUGAAUGACCACUACUACGAAAACGAGUGUUUGCAACUAUGCAGCGGUGAAGCGACGGCAUGCGAUGGCCAGUGUCCUUGUGCUCCAGAAAGCGUGCAAGCACAACAACCGACGUUGCUGCACGUUCCAUCCACCGAUUACGCCGCCCCUGGUAUCGACAUUCCGCCACCUCCUCCGGUAUUAGUUUUACUGGCAAGUGGCGCCAAGGAGCAAUAUGUACAAUCUGCUGAUAGCUCUAACGGAGUGGCGAGCGGUUAUGCAAAAUCUGCUGAUAACUCUAAUGUCGGGACGAGCGCUUAUGCACAAUCUGCUGAUAGCUCAAACGGAGGGACGAGCGGUUAUGCACAAUCUUCUGAUAGCUCUAAUGGCGUGGCGAGCGGUUAUGCACAAUCUGCUGAUAGCUCUAAUGGCGUGGAGAGCGGUUAUGCACAAUCUGCUGAUAGCUCUAACGGAGGGACGAGCGCUUAUGCACAAUCUGCUGAUAGCUCUAAUGGCGUGGCGAGCGAUUAUGCACAAUCUGCUGAUAGCUCCAACGGCGGGUCGAGCGGUCACGCACAAUCUGCUGAUAGCUCUAAUGGCGUGGCGAGCGGUUAUGCACAAUCUGCUGAUAGCUCUAACGGCGGGUCGAGCGGUCAUGCACAAUCUGCUGAUAGCUCUAAUGGCGUGGCGAGCGGUUAUGCACAAUCUGCUGAUAGCUCCAACGGCGGGACGAGCGUUGUUGACAUAGCGUUAUCCGCUGGCACAAUAUACAAACCGGAUGGGAAGUCAGGAUCCGACAACGAUGGAAAUGAUGGCGAUUCUUAAACACUCUGUAUGUGAAUGACGCGUCGGCUGGGUGGAAAGACCUUGCGAUUUAAACUCUGCACAGACAGGCUCUACAUGCCAUAGCAUAGCACAAAGAGUGACCUAUUCAAUAGUUGAAUGAUUACAUAAUGGUAUUAGUGUUCCUUAAUGUGGUUAAUGGAGAGUAGUGUAGACUUUUGUAGAGUAGUAUUAAGUAUUAAACAUGUUCAUAAGUUUUAUUGAACUUAAGAAUAUUUGCAUAAUUCUAAAUUGGACUUCUUACUGUGUGCAAAAUAACAUUUUAUUUUUUAUAAGCCAAAACAUCUGAUUUAUUUUGGCAGAUCGAAUGAAUGGUUUUGCGAACGAUACAUCUGUCUCAAAUUGCAUUUGUAAUAAAUGGGAUUUCAUUUU